AUGUCUAAAGAAGUUCAGACCUCGGUUACCGAUGCUGAUAAACCGGCUGCGCAGAAAGUCAGCAAGGCUGGAUCUUUCAUUGCCGGUGGUAUGGCUGCGUGUAUCGCAGUGACCGUAACAAAUCCUAUUGAAUUGGUCAAGACGAGGAUGCAAUUGCAAGGUGAAUUGGAGGCCAAGACCAAUCGUGUUUACAAGAAUCCCUUGCAAGGUGUUAGACUAAUUUUCAAAAACGAAGGUAUUCGUGGUAUUCAAAGAGGCCUUUCGUGUGCUUACAUCUACCAAAUAGGUUUGAACGGUUCGAGACUUGGGUUUUACGAACCUAUCAGGUCGUUACUCAACACUACUUUUUACCCCUCCCAGGAUCCACACAGAGUGCAAAACGUUGCCAUCAACGUCGUUUCUGGUGCCACGUCCGGUAUUAUCGGUGCUAUCAUGGGAUCUCCACUAUUUUUGGUGAAAACCAGAAUGCAGUCCUACUCACCAGCGAUCCAAAUCGGCCAGCAAUCCCACUACACGUCCGCAUGGAAUGGGCUUUCGACUAUCUACAAAGCCGAGGGAAUCAAAGGCCUAUUUAGAGGUGUCGAUGCUGCCAUUCUGAGAACCGGUGCCGGUUCUUCUGUGCAAUUGCCCAUUUACAACACAGCCAAGAGUUUCCUGCUACGGCACGAUAUCAUGAAAGAAGGUGCUGGGCUUCAUCUCACGGCAAGUACCCUUUCUGGUAUCGGUGUCGGUGUCGUGAUGAACCCAUGGGAUGUCAUCUUAACAAGAGUUUAUAAUCAAAAGGGCAACCUUUAUAAGGGCCCCAUUGACUGUUUUAUCAAGACUGUCAAGAUUGAAGGUGUCUCCGCGUUGUACAAAGGUUUUGAAGCUCAAUUGUUUAGAAUUGCUCCUCACACGAUCCUCUGUUUGACUUUCAUGGAACAAACCAUGAAGUUGGUUUACGCUACAGAGAAAAGACUGUUCAACACUUGA